UAGUCAAACAUCUUGAUUUUAGCAUCAUCCCGGAACCGGGGGAAAGUGUUAGCUCCUGUGUAACCAGCUACACUGAUUUAUUCACCAGAAUAAUAUCCAGGGUUUGAUGAGACAUGGGGGGUGCACAGAGCAUCGAAAUACCUGGAGGAGGAUCCGAAGGUUAUCACGUCCUCAGGGUGCAAGAGAAUUCCCCUGGGCAUCGUGCAGGAUUGGAACCAUUCUUUGACUUUAUUAUUUCCAUCAGUGACAUAAGAUUGAACAAAGAUGAUGACACAUUUAAAGACUUGCUGAAGGUGAAUGUGGAGAAACCCAUCAAGAUGCUGGUAUACAGCAGCAAGACGAUUGAGCUGAGGGAGGCAACAGUCACACCCAACAACAUGUGGGGAGGUCAAGGGCUUCUGGGUGUCAGCAUUCGAUUCUGCAACUUCGAAGGAGCCAAUGAGAAUGUGUGGCAUGUUCUGGAAGUGGAGCCAAACUCUCCUGCAGCCAUGGCUGGUUUGAGACCACAUACUGACUAUGUCAUAGGUGCAGACACUGUCAUGAACGAGUCUGAGGAUCUCUUCUCCCUCAUUGAGACGCAUGAAGGGAAAGAGCUUAAAUUGUAUGUGUAUAACACUGACACGGACAACUGUCGCGAUGUGGUUAUCAUUCCAAACUUUGAAUGGGGUGGAAAGGGCAGCCUAGGCUGUGGGAUUGGCUAUGGCUACCUGCACAGGAUACCCACACAUACAUUUGAAGAGGGUAAGAACAUCAGCGUUCCUGGGCAUAUUCCAAGUGAACCAGUUUCCCCACUUAAGGAUGGCUUCACAGAGGUUCAGCUCUCUGCUGUCAGUCCUCAAUCUGCAGUGCCUUCUGCUCCAACUGGGUUGGAACAAAAUCUCUUUGACCUGUCAGUCAGCUCAGCUCCUCUCACUGUCCCGAGCGCUCUUCAAACAGGAGUACCUACUGUGCCAAUGUUGCCUAGCCAAGUCAGCCACCUGCUAAGCACUAUACCUCCAGUCAUCCCUGCUACCACAUUACCAGGUCUAAUGUCGUUACCCGGAGGCCUACCUCCCCUUCACAAACUGGCAAAUUUAAAUGUCACUUUACCAGACUUGGGCACUGUGUCAUUACCAGGUAUUGGAGGGAUGCCACCAGCAGGUUUCCCUCCAUUGGCCCCUCUUCCUCCCCUAAACGUAUCCAUGCUCAACUCCCAGCUGCCUCUGGUCCCAGGAGUAACUCCAUCAGAGUUCACUCUUCCACCUAGCUCUGCAAGCGGCAAUUCCCAAUGAGCAAACACCCUCAUCCUGGACGCAACAUCCUCCUCCAGAGCCCCAGUGGUCAGUGACACAUUGUCAGAAACACUUCUCCCUACACCUGUGGCUUCCUCUGAACCUAGAGAAACACUAGUGACUUGACUCCUAGCAGAGAACCAUUUACCGACAAGAUCUACUGCAUUUAAAACUCAACAAGGAAAGAAUCUGGAAACGCUCUGUUGUACUUCUAAAUCCAUGGCGGCAUCCCCAAUUAUCCACCCUUUUCCAGAAGUGUGUGUAUAUUUGAACAUUUGUUAUAAUCAUUGGCUUGAAGUUUCCACCAUUGUUAAAUCCACGAUGGGGAGUGUACACUCUGGGGAAAAGGGUGGAGAAUUGGGAUGCAGCCUUGGUGGCUGAAACAACAGCAAGGGUCUUCGAAGAACGAUGGGCGGUCAGAAAUGUGAGAAUUAUUGUGAGAUCUGCUUUAGCCUGUUGUAAUGCAGAUGUAUUUUUAUUUUUGUUGUACAAAAAAUUACUAAAACAUGAAUGAAAUAUCCCGUUCUUGAAUAAAUUGAUUUAUUUUUCUUGUCUGCA